UGUAAAAGGCGCACUUAUAGUAAGUCUGCGAGCUGACAUUCAUCCCAAUGCAUGAAUGAGAUGACCGAGCAACUCCAGCUGAAGACAACUGAAAUCUGUGUGACAAGAUGUUUAUUAAAGAGGAGAGGGAAGAAACGAGUUGCCCAGAUGAGUGCACAACGAAACAUGAAGAUACUGAUGAACAAAGAGACCGGAUAGAAGUCAAACAAGAAAGUGAAGAACUGAAUGAAGUAGAGGUAGAUUUCAUAACUGCAGAAAGAUCUUUCAGCGACUCACGCACUAAAAAGAAAAAGUCCCGCAAACGGCCUCCGCGGACCCUCACCUGCCCUCGCUGCGUAAAGACCUUCACACGUAAGGGAAACCUGUUGAUUCACAUCAGAAUUCACAACGGAGAGAGUCCUUUCUCGUGUUUCCAGUGUGGAAAGGGUUUCACGCAGAAAGGAAACCUUAAGAGACACCUGAGAAUCCACAGCGGAGAGAAGCCCUUCACCUGCCUUCAGUGUGGAAAGAGUUUCUCGGAGACGGGAAGCCUUAAGAGACACACACGGACUCACACGGGAGAAAAGCCCUUCACGUGCCAUGAGUGUGGCAAGAGUUUCACACAGCCAGUGGGUCUGAAAACCCAUCUGUGUCCUCACUCCGGAGUCAGAUCGUUGAACUGUCAUCAGUGUGGAACAAACUUUCCUUCAGCAUCAGAGCUAAAAACACACCUGAGGAUUCACGCGAAUGUGAGCGGCAGAGGAGAGCAGCAGAGAGGCGCUGCGGUGAGAUCUCACGUGUGCUUUGAGUGUGGGAAAGCCUUUUCCAAAACCUACCACCUGGAACGCCACCAGAGGAUCCACACCGGAGAAAAACCCUACAGGUGCUCCCGGUGUGGAAAGAGUUUCAGUCAGUCAGAAUCUCUGAAAGCACAUGAGCGAGUUCAUACGGGAGAGAAGCCGUUCCACUGCCUUUCCUGUGGGAGGAGCUUCAACCAGCUGGGUUCUCUGAAGACUCAUCAGAAAAAGCAUUGCCCAGAGUUAUUCAUUCAGACGGUGAUUAUUUCUGACGUGAUGUCAUUUCAGCAUUAACAGACAGUAAUCCACCGUUUAAUUCCCAUCUGAAAUGUUUUUUUUUUUCUACAUAUACUGAACAUAUACAGGGACUGAUAAAAGAACAUUUAACAAAAAUGAUGCACACUGUUCAGAUGAGCCAUUAUAAUGGCAGCUACAGGCGUGUUUUUAUUAUUUAUUUAUUUUUUUUACUUCUUAUGUUUACAGUAUAUAGCUCAAUAAUUUCCAGGGAGUUGAUUAAUAAUAAAUAAUCGUGAUAAUUCACAUCCAAAAUAAAAGUUUU